UUCCGGUCAGCACUAAGCCCCGCCCCUCAGUCUGAGCCAUCUUAGAACAAAAAACGGUCCAGAAACACUCCGAGCUCAGGAUGGGGCGCAGACAUUAGGCGGGAUCAGUUUGUUUUAAUAACCUGAGUGGAACGGGACAGCAUGCUGGAGAGUGGAGCUCCACGGAGGAACAUCAGCCACACCCCGUUACUAAGCUAACCUCAACAUUAGCUCCGAGCUAUCACAGCUAAGCUAGCCAAUUAGCCGAGGCUAGUCACAGUCUCGAGGUUCCGCCGAACCAGCAGAUAAAACUAUAAAGUGUUUAAAUAUUUAACUGCCUCACUUGAACCAGGAGGAACUAAAGCAACGAUGGGCCGAACGUAGAACUGAUUAUCUACAGAGGAGACACCAGGACAUGAGGAGAGAGGCGCGCUAGCUUGGCUGCUAACAGUUGUUUUCCGUUCCCCAGUGGAACCUCCAGAAGCCGCGGCCCUGGCCAUGCCCUCGAGUGCACGGGCGGGCAAUCUAAAAGACCCGGAUGUGGCAGAUCUCUUCUGCAAAGAUGAUCCAGAGAAGCUUUUUGCAGACCUGCGAGAGAUCGGCCAUGGCAGCUUCGGGGCUGUUUACUUUGCCCGUGACGUGCGCAACAAUGAGGUGGUGGCCAUCAAGAAAAUGUCCUACAGCGGCAAGCAGACGAACGAGAAAUGGCAGGACAUCAUCAAAGAGGUGAAGUUCCUGCAGAAGCUUCGCCACCCAAACACCAUCGAGUAUCUGGGAUGUUACCUGAAGGAGCACACAGCAUGGCUGGUGAUGGAGUACUGCCUCGGCUCCGCCUCAGACCUCCUUGAAGUUCACAAAAAGCCGCUCCAGGAAUUUGAAAUAGCUGCUAUUACCCAUGGUGCACUGCAGGGAUUAGCAUAUCUUCACUCUCACAACAUGAUUCACAGGGACGUGAAAGCAGGAAACAUCCUGCUGACAGAACCGGGUCAGGUCAAACUCGGGGACUUUGGUUCCGCCUCAAUCAUCUCUCCAGCUAACUCCUUCGUAGGGACUCCGUACUGGAUGGCUCCUGAGGUGAUCUUAGCCAUGGAUGAGGGCCAGUAUGACGGGAAGGUGGACGUCUGGUCCCUGGGCAUCACCUCUAUAGAGCUGGCGGAGAGGAAGCCUCCUCUGUUCAACAUGAAUGCUAUGAGUGCCUUAUAUCAUAUCGCUCAGAAUGAAAGCCCCGUCCUUCAGUCCAAUCACUGGUCUGAUUCCUUCCGCAACUUUGUGGACUCUUGCCUACAGAAGAUUCCCCAGGACCGGCCUACCUCUGACGUGCUGCUGAAUCAUCGGUUUUUGUGCCGCGAGCGUCCUCUGACGGUGAUCAUGGACUUGAUCGCAAGAACCAAGGAUGCAGUGCGGGAGCUGGACAACCUGCAGUACCGCAAGAUGAAGAAGAUCCUCUUCCAGGAGACCCAACAGAACGGCCCUGUGUCGGAGGGAGGGGAGGAUGAGGAGGAGGUGGAGCAGUACCUGUUGCGGACGGGAACAGUGAACAGCAUGGAGAGCUCUCAGUCCGUACCCAGCAUGUCCAUCUCUGCCAGCUCCCAGAGCAGCUCUGUCAACAGUCUGGCCGACGCCUCUGAUGACAGCAGCAGUGAGAUGGCCAUGAUGCAGGAAGGCGAGCACACGGUGACCUCCAACAGCUCCAUCAUCCACAGACCGACGGGUCAGGAUAACAUCUAUGAUGAUCCCUACCAACCAGAGAUGGACCAACCGCAGGUUGCCUCAGCUGGACGCCGCCGAGUCUACUAUCGCAACAGAGACCACUUUGCCACCAUCAGAACCGCCUCGUUGGUGACCCGACAGAUCCAGGAGCACGAGCAGGGCUCAGCGCUGCGAGAGCAGAUGUCUGGGUACAAGCGGAUGAGGCGGCAGCACCAGAAGCAGCUGAUGGGGCUGGAGAACAAGCUGAAGGCGGAGAUGGACGAGCACCAGCUGAAGCUCGACAAGGAGCUGGAGAAUCAGAGGAACAGCUUCUCCACAGAGGUUGACAAACUCGUGAAGAAGCACCAGGCCAUCCUGGAGAAAGAGACAAAAGCAGCUCUGACAGAAGAGAAGAAGUUUCAGCAGCACAUCCUGGGACAGCAGAAGAAAGAGCUGACCAGUUUAUUGGAGUCCCAGAAACGUCAGUAUCGCAUGCGCAAGGAUCAGCUGAAAGAGGAGCUGAACGAGAACCAGUCCACUCCGAAGCGGGAAAAGCAGGAGUGGUUGAUCCGUCAGAAGGAGUGUAUGCAGCAGAUGCAGGCGGAGGAGGAAGCCAGCCUGCUGCGGAGGCAGAGGCAGUACUACGAGCUGCAGUGUCGCCAGUACAAGAGGAAGAUGCUGCUGGCUCGCCACAACCUGGAGCAGGACCUGCUCAGAGAGGACCUGAACAAGAAGCAGACCCAGAAGGAUCUGGAGUGCGCUAUGCUGCUGCGGCACCACGAGUCCACUCAGGAGCUGGAGUUCAGGCAGCUGAGCAUCGUGCAGAGGACCCGGGCCGAACUGAUCCGUACUCAGCACCAAACCGAGCUGACCAACCAGAUGGAGUACAACAAGCGCCGUGAGCAAGAGCUUCGACAGAAACACACUGUGGAGGUCCGGCAGCAGCCCAAGAGCCUCAAGUCCAAAGAGCUGCAGAUCAAGCGUCAGUUCCAGGAGACCUGUAAGAUCCAGACCCGUCAGUACAAAGCUCUGAGGAACCACCUGCUGGAGAGCACUCCCAAAUCCGACCACAAGGCCGUCCUCAAACGCCUCAAAGAGGAACAAACACGUAAGCUGGCCAUCCUGGCCGAGCAGUACGACCACUCCAUCAACGACAUGCUGUCCACACAGGCUGUGAGUAAGCUGCGGCUGGAUGAGACCCAGGAGGCAGAGUACCAGGUGCUGAGGAUGCAGCUGCAGCAGGAGCUGGAGCUGCUCAACGCCUACCAGAGCAAGAUCAAGAUCCACACAGACACCCAGCACGAGCGGGAGGUGAAGGACCUGGAGCAGAGGGUGUCCAUCCGCCGGGCCCUGCUGGAGCAAAGGAUCGAGGAGGAGAUGCUCUCCCUGCAGAACGAGCGCUCAGAGCGGAUCCGGACUCUGCUGGAGCGCCAGGCUCACGAGAUCGAGGCCUUCGACUCAGAGAGCAUGCGGCUGGGAUUCAGCAACAUGGCGCUGAGCGGCAUUCCCGCCGAGGCCUUCAACCAGGGCUACCCAACCCCCAGCCCCUCCUCGGGCUCCAGUGGCUGGCCGUCCCGACCCGUCCCUCGCUCCGGCAGCCACUGGAGCCACAGCGUCCAGAACUCCGUGUCCACCCCGUCAUGGCGCAGUCAGAACCACGGCGGGGGAGGCUUCAGCCGUGCAGAGUCCAUCACCUCCUCCCACGGCCUCGGCAGGGACAGCGACCCACACAAGAGCAUGAGGGGACACCCUUCCUCCUCUUCAUCCUCUGCUUCCUCCUCCGCCCACCAUCACCACCAGCACUACCAGCACCACCAGAGCACGCCGCAGCUGUACCGGGAGAGCCAUGACAUCAGCAGAGAGCGUGAGCGGGCCCGGGAGUGGGUGGGAGGCGGCCACUACCCGUACCACUCCCAGAGCCACUACCACCACCACCACCUCGCUACCCACGCCUCCUCCCAGUCCUUGGCUCUCCUGCCUCCCCCGCCACCACCUCCCCCAAUCUCCCUCUCCUCCAACUCUCCCCCAUCCUCCGCCUCCUCCUCGUCAUCGUCGCAGGGAGGCUACGGAGGGGGGAACCUGAGCGUCAGGGGCCCCAGCCUCAUGGCCCUCAGGAACAGCCCCCAGCCUCUGAGGAGGACGGCCUCUGGGGGGCCGGGGGGCGGGAGCGAUGGGGGUCUGAGCCGAAGCACGUCGGUCACUUCUCACAUUUCUAACGGCUCUCACCUCUCGUACUCCUGAGGGCGCCUCACGUCUCCUCUCUGCUUGGAUCUGUCCAACAAACAGGGCUACCAGUCACUCAGCCGGCUACUACACGGGGCGCAGGGUGGAGGGUGGGGGGGCGUAGUUAGGUAGUUUUCAGUUUUUAGCAUAUUUGAGGAUGUUUCAUCGGGCUGUAGAAAACAAACCCUUCGUUUUAAAGUCAAUUUUAGCGUCUCCUUUCUUAAAGUGUGCAGGGAGAGAAAGAGAGAAGAAGCCUUUUAAUCACUACAGAGCAGAAACACGAGUAUUAAGUUCUCUUCCACAGAGUUGCACAGGAAGAGUCAUGAAACACCUUAAAGAGAGGACAUAAAGAAGUGAAACAGAGCCAUGUGUUGCAAAGGGAACGAGUCAAAAGAAGAAAAGAGGAAAAAAAAAAAAAAAGGAGGACUCGUUCGUUUUGUAACACUCUGAAAACAUUGCACAGUAUUGAGUUUUGCAGUCAGACGGUUUAACUGCAGGAGUCGCCGGUCGGACCAGGUUCAGCCUCGAGCUCAGACCUUCUGGCCUUCAGGUUUAAAGUUUAGCAGGUCAACGGGCAACAGUCGUGAAGCUUUCACUUGGGUAGCGGUGCUUUAAAAAAACCACUGUAACUAUGUAUAUGGCGGUCAAUUGUAAACCCAGUUUUUGGUUCCUGCGUGUUUCAUACGUUCAGACGAGUUCGGUCGGUUCUUUCGGGGGAGGCGGGUCGUCAGUCGACCGGGGGGGUUCUUUAAAACACGUUUCUUUUUCCUUUAUAGUGAUAAGAUUCUGUAAAUGACAAUGAAAACAAACACUGCCAUCUCUGUGUUGAAACUCUACCACUGCCCUUUAACUCCUCUUCACUCUGACAUGUUUGGGAGCUUGUUGGCUGUCGGUUUGAUCCCUCUGUGUGUCCACUCCAAAUGUGCAUACAUUGUGGUGAAGAAAAUAAGUCAGAAUAAGUAAAAGAAAUUCUAGUAAGCGAUUAUUUGAUUUAAAAAAAUGUUGUGAAGCUGUUUUGAUAGCUGCCAACUUGUCCCUGCUCCUCUUUGGGAACCACUGAUCUGAUUCAAAGGAGGAAGCAGCGUCUCUAAUCGUACAUUAAACUCAUAUUGAUGCAUUUAAAGAUGGACGACAUGCCUGCAUCUCCUCCUGCUGGGCAAAGUGAAGCCAAAUCCAAUCAUGCAGGAGGCGGGCUUUAUGACCGGCCAAUCAGCUGAUGGAGCUCCACAUGUUUUGGCUUUCCAUCCUCCAUCUAUGAAGCUGUUUUUUAUUCUAAUGCUCAUAAGGCAGAGUUCAUGACACACAGAGGAGACAGCCAAUAAGAACAUCCCAAAAUGUCAGAGCGCUCCAUCAAAGGGACGCUGCCAGAGAGUGUUUCUGAGUGAAUCGAGCACUUAAACCUUCGUGCUCUGCGUGAGUGUGUGUGUGAGUGUGUGUGCAGCUUUCCCACACCUCCACCUGCCCCCCCUUCCUCCUCCUCCCCUCCUCCUCUCCACAGUUCGGUCUGCAUCUGUAGAUAAGAUGUACAUGUUACAUUACAGAUUAGUACAUUUCAGUGCAUGGAAUUUGUGUACAGACAGCAUUUGUAUGGAUACCAUGCACACUACCUAUUUAUAUAAAUGCAUAUAAAUGUAAGAUACCUGUGUAAAUGUAGCAGGUAUACUGAAGAUUGUUCACUGUCCAACACUUUUGACUUGCAUUGUACUUAUCAGUGUACAUAAAGCACUAACUUUGAGACUGUGUUAGAGUAAUAAUAAUGAUUAUUUUGUCACGUGAGUUAUACCGAUUUGUACUAGAUGCAGACAAUAGAUGCUCUCAUUAUUAUUACCUCUACUGCAGUUGUAAUAUUUAUGUUGUAUGCUAAUUUUUAAGUUUUUAAAAAUGUAAUUGCCAAUUUUGACCACUAGGUGGGGAUUAAGCGCAAUGUUACUGUGAUAGAGCUAUAAAAAAAAAAACAACAAACGCAUAAAAACAGAUAUUAAUGUUUUUAAAGGAGGACAAAAAGGACUACCUUUCCCAGCAUUCCUGUCUCAGGUCUCAGGGGUGAAGGGGUCUCCAGUUCUGGGCAGGGCUGAGUUCUACUCUUUACAGUUUUUUAUUUUGAGCCAGUAUUAAAACGUGGAGCGUCUGCAGUCGAGCUGAAUAACAUUUCCUGAUUCUUUCACAAAGUUUGUGCCAUGAUUUUUGUUUUUUUUAUUUCAUGUUUCGCUUUUCAAACGUCCCCACGAAAAAAACGCUGUAAGCUGCAGAUUGUACGGAGCCUCAAAGUGGUCAACGUGACGUCAGUUUAAAAACCUGAAGAGCUUUUAAUAUGAAAGGGUGAUCCUUUUACUUCAUCAUAUAAUUAUCAUCAGGGAGGGUGAUUUAAAAAGGGAUAUAUUUUACUUUAGGGUCAUUUUUCACUCAUGUUUAUAAUAAUGUAUGGUGUCCUGUAGAGGACAAUAAGUCAACAAAAAAAACUGAUUGGUUAAAAAAAUAUUUUAAAAAGGAGUGUUAUCCCUGAAAAGUUUUGCAAGCAAAUAAAUGCUUCUUUUUUUUAUUUUUCAAACAUUUUUUUAUGGAAACAGAAAUCCAGUAUUUGAUUUUAUCUUAUAUCUCCAGGACAGUAAGGAAUAAAUUCAACACCUAAGAAACAAUGACACAAAAUGCAAAGUACUGGGAAAUCUAGUGGGAAAAAUCAGCCAUAUUUUUAAUCUUCUCCUUUGUGGCCUCUUUAGGCUUCCUUAUAAAAAAGUCCAGAGAAGAGUAAUAGUACAGAUUUGAUCAUUCAUAUAACUCCUGUGUCUCAUGUCGACCACUUUGAGGCUCCUGAACUUCUCAAUCAAACAUCUCUUGAUUUCUUUCUGCACGGUCCGAAUGGGUAGAAAAAAUAAUCAUCUGCUGGCUUCCUGCAGCCGCACGCACCCAGACAGGUGGAUGACAAAUCAGCUGGUCUCCCUCCACCUGUCACAUGACCCCCCCCCCUUCCAUCCAUCCAUCCAUCCAUCCAUCUCUGCUGCAGGACGCUGAUCUCAGUGUGAUCAGAUGCUGUCUGUCAUGUCUACCUCAUUUGCACUGAUAGUUAAAGAAUGUUUGAGUGGAGGAAAAGAAGAAGCAUAUUUCUGUAUGCAGACUAACAUUUUAGUUUCUUUUUCUGUAUUUGUGCAAAUGUUGCUGAGAAGCUAGAUGAGAGCGGGCGGGCUGGGGGGGCGGAGAAGUAGAAAGCGGACUGAUGGGACAGACUGGACUUUAACAAUCCCCCAUGGAGACACUAUAAGGAGGACAAGCUGCCUGACAUGUUGGGCUCGUCUUUGUGGAGGGAAGCGUUCAGAGGAAAUCCUCAAACCACCAGAAAACAUACGAAACGUGAGAUUUCAGUGUGCCAACUUUUAGUUUAUCUUUUUUUUUUUUUUAUGCAUUAUUUUGUACAGUUCCAGUGCUGACCAUUCCUCAGUUGUGUUAUUUCAUUUUGCCAAUUAAAGCUGCACUGGGGAGUCAGAGAAACCUCCAACGACACAGAAAUAUGAAUACUGUUUGUACCGGCAGAUAAACGUGUGCAGUUCACUGACAUCAGGACUUUUGUGCAUCCUUCAAGGAUUGUGGGAAUGUUUUGUUUGCUCAGAUGGGAGGAUGUGAAAUCUGUCCACAGCAGCAGUCUGAAUUAAUCUGCUGGACUUCUUCAGUUCAACAUCAUGUAAAUGGAAAAGCUGUAAAUUCCUACGUUUACAAAGUGACAACAAACCUCUCAAAGAGCCAACUCUGUGGUGCAUUCAGGUGCAGUGUGACAACGACUGAGUCCAGUAGAAACACGGUUAUCAAGCAAACAUGGAAGUGAAGUUUUGAGUUGCUGCUUGUUACAGAUCAAAUCCUCCAAUCUGACUUUGAACAAGCUUCCCAGAAUGCCUUGCUGUUAUUCCUUUUCCCGUUAUGGGUCCAUAUGUUUCCUUGUGCAGUCUCAAUGUUUCUGCUCCUGCCUCCACUCCUACAGGCAGGACCCCCUCACCCUCCCUCCCCAAUAGAUACAUAAACUGACAGGAAGCUCAGCUGUGAGGAUGAGGAAGAUGAUGAUGAUGAGUGUGGAGAUGUAGAGUCGGUGUUGGGUGGAUGUGUGUGGGGAGACAUGGAUGGUUUGAGAAGUGUUUUUUUCAGCAGGAGAUGAAGUUAAUGUUCAGGUUAGAUGCAAAAUGUUUGGAGGAGUGUUGAGAAACGAGUUGUACAGAAACGUAACAAAAUAAUUUUUGAGAAAUAAAUGAACAAAAACAGAAA